AUGUCCUCGUCCACCUAUAAAUCCGUCGUGUUGAACACGAGACCAGAACAGCAUAUUGUUCUAGGGGAGACAUUCCAGAUCACGCACACGCCGGUCCCUACUCUGGACCAGCUAAAGGAUGGCGAAGUCGUCUUCAAAACCGAAUACAUCAGUGUUGAUCCGGGAAUGCGGGACUGGUUGAAAGAGCCUGGGUCAUACAUGCCACCAGUUGCCCUAGGCGAGCCCAUGCGAGGCUUUGCUGUGGGCACGAUAUCAGCAAGCAAUAAUGCGAACCUCCCAGUCGGGUCUCAUGCCACAGGCUUGGUAGGCUGGUCGGAGCUGAAAAUCAUCCACGGAGAUCAACUGCAAAAAUUCGAGAUCCCAGCUGGCGGCAAGCUUGCAGACGCCUUGAGCCUUCUUGGCAUGACGAGCCUUACAGCUUACUAUGGUGUUAUCAAGAUUGGUCAAGUCAAGCCAGGUGAUUUUGUCGUCGUUUCUGGUGCGGCUGGUGCAACUGGAAGCAUCGCCGGACAAAUCGCCAAGAUCAAAGGUGCAACUGUUCUCGGUGUUGCUGGCAGCGACGACAAAGUUCGCUGGCUGAAGGACAUCGGGUUCGACGACGCCCUGAAUUACAAGGACGAGGACUUUGUCCGUAAGUUCGAGGCUGCGACCAUAGGUGGAAUCGACAUGUUCUAUGACAACGUGGGCGGUCAAGUUCUUGAAUUAGCCCUGGAACAGGCGAAAAUCCAUGGCCGAAUCGUCCUGUGCGGAGGUGUGAGCCAGGUCAAUACAACAAGUCCUCAAGGCCCAAAGAACUAUCUGAAUAUCAUCUACAAGCGUCUUCGUGUGGAGGGGUUUCUAGUUUUCGAUUAUCCUGAAGAAAAUGCCCAAGCGUUUAGCCAGAUCAGCCAAUGGUUCUCCGAAGGCAAGUUGAAGGCCAAGGAGACAAUCAUAAAGGGCGGACUGGAACAGGCGGAAAAGGCCCUUCGAGACAUCUACAAUGGGGUCAAUACAGGUGGGCCUCAUAAUACAGACGUGACCGAAGUUGCUAACGAAAGAAAGGCAAAUUGCUGGUCGAGGUGUGACAUUCACCAUACUCUUGACGGCUGA